AUGGUCCGCAUCGCCAAGGCCCUGGGUUUGGUUAUCCUGUGCGUCGCUGUGCUCAUCCUGUCGCUCAUCAGCUACGUGUCCCUGAGAAGAGACAGCCUUUUCGGCUCCUCCAAAUACUACAUGGGGGGUCCGAGGAUUAUGUUCCAUGCGGGGUUUAGGUCUCAGUUUGCCAUGAAUUUCCUGGACCCCUCCUUCAUCCCGUUAACUAACGCCCUGAAUGAGGAGCUCCAAGGAAAACCGUCCAAAUGGAAGUUCAACAAGACGGCUUUUUAUCUGCAGAGGAAAGAUAUCUUCAACUACAUCGACAUUCCCACCAACUUCUCCCUCACAAAGAACAGUGUGCGCGUUGGCCAGCUGAUGCACUUUGACUACUCCAGCCACAAGUACGUCUUUUCCAUCAGCAACAACCUGAAAUCCCUGCUCCCAGACACCUCCCCCAUCCACAACAAGCACUACAGCAUGUGCGCCGUGGUGGGAAACAGUGGAAUCCUGACAGGAAGCCACUGCGGCCCUGAGAUCGACCAGGCCGACUUCGUCUUCCGCUGCAACUUCGCCCCCACGGAGGUCUACUCCAAGGACGUGGGCAAGAAGACCAACCUCACCACCUUUAACCCCAGCAUCCUGGAGAGGUACUAUAACAACCUGCUGACCAUUCAAGACAGGAAUAAUUUCUUCCUCAACCUGAAGAAGCUGGAGGGAGCCAUCCUGUGGAUCCCCGCCUUCUUCCUCCAUACCUCAGCCACGGUAACCAGGACCCUGGUGGACUUCUUUGUGGAGCACAAGGGUCAGCUGAAGGUCGAACUGGCCUGGCCGGGAAACAUCAUGCACGAUGUCAACAAGUACUGGAAGACUAAAAACCUCUCCCCCAAACGUCUCAGCACGGGGAUCCUCAUGUACACGCUGGCUUCCGCCAUGUGCGACGAGAUCCACCUGUACGGCUUUUGGCCCUUUGGCUGGGACCCCAACACGGGCAAGGACCUGCCGUACCACUACUACGACAAGAAAGGGACCAAAUUCACCACCAAGUGGCAGGAGACCCACCAGCUGCCCACCGAGUUCAAGCUGCUCUACAAGCUGCACAGGGAAGGCGUGAUCAAACUCGGCCUGACGCACUGCUCCUAG